AUGUCUGAUGACAACAAUAACGCUCAACCCAUGCCAUCAUGGGUCCCCGAGGAUGCGGUGGGUUGGUAUCAUCAUCCGAUUGAGUAUGUUGAGUCCAGAGCUCCACCUACAAGCUUGACUUACGCCUAUGGCCAAAAUACAGCUGCAGCUGCACAUACAACUGUAACUGGACAUUCCGAAUAUGACAUGGGUGAGGGAGAAGAAGAGUUGGAGCAGGAGGAAGAUGAGAUGGAAGCGGGAAGUGAUGAGAUGGAGGAUGAUGAGAAGAGUGACAAUACUGAAGAAUUUGAACAAGCGUUUAAAGCAUAUUCCACCCUUCGUGGGCGAGAGGUUGAGCAACUACGGUCUCAUCUUGAUAAUGCUAAACAAGAGAGAAGCGCUCUCAUCAAUGAACUCCCAUGGGGUAUCUUACCUCCCGAAGUAAGAGAACCAACGUUAAACACUGUGAAGGAGACUUAUGAAGACAUUGAGGAGCUGUUGGGAACGUAUGAAAGUCAGGUGAACGGAGGACUCGACAGAGGUCGACAAUACCGUCGAGCUAAUCGAACAUUGGAUCAAAUCAAGGAAAUGUAUGAAGAUGUUUUCCAGGGAGUUCGACUUGAAGAUACGGAUAACAAGAUCCAGGAGUCACUUCGAUGUUUGCACCUCCUUGAUCUAGAAGAGACUUUAGGUCAAGCUUCAGUCGAAGAUGCGACGUCCGAGGGAAUAAGGAUGAGAUGCGGAAUUCUGGAAACAGCGUUUGAACACCAGGAUAUAGGGACAUUCAUGAUGGAGUUAACUGGGACCAAUGCUUGGGAUCAAUUCUCUGGUGAGCCUUUGCCAGAAACGGGGGAAGGUAACAGGGAUCAAUGGUGGCAGAUCAUGGAGUCUGUCGAGCAGCACAGGAGGACACAGAUGGACACACAAUAA